AUGUCCCCAUCAGACUUCUUAGACAAACUCAUGGGCAGGACGUCUGGAUAUGAUGCCAGGAUAAGACCAAACUUUAAAGGUCCAGCCGUCAAUGUAUCCUGUAACAUUUUCAUUAACAGCUUUGGUUCAAUUGCUGAGACUACAAUGGACUACCGUGUGAACAUCUUCCUGAGGCAGCAGUGGAACGACCCCAGGCUGGCCUUCACUGAGUACCCCGACGACUCCCUCGACCUUGACCCCUCCAUGUUAGACUCCAUAUGGAAACCAGAUCUCUUCUUUGCCAAUGAGAAGGGAGCCCAUUUUCAUGGAGUCACAACGGAUAACAAACUUCUCAGGAUAUUCAAGAAUGGCAAUGUUCUUUACUCCAUUAGGCUCACACUGACCCUGUCGUGUCCCAUGGAUUUAAAGAACUUUCCAAUGGACGUCCAAACGUGCAUUAUGCAACUGGAAAGUUUUGGUUACACCAUGAAUGACCUGAUCUUUGAGUGGCAGGAGAACGGACCAGUCCAAGUAGCCGAUGGGCUUACCCUUCCACAGUUCCUCCUCAAGGACGAAUCCGAUCUGAGAUAUUGCACCAAGCAUUACAACACAGGUAAAUUCACCUGCAUUGAGGUGCGGUUCCACCUGGAGCGGCAGAUGGGCUACUACCUGAUCCAGAUGUACAUCCCCUCUCUGCUCAUCGUCAUCCUGUCCUGGGUUUCCUUCUGGAUCAACAUGGAUGCCGCGCCCGCCAGGGUGGCCCUGGGCAUCACCACCGUGCUCACCAUGACGACCCAGAGCUCCGGCUCCAGGACCUCUCUGCCCAAGGUAUCGUACGUGAAGGCCAUUGACAUCUGGAUGGCGGUGUGUCUUCUCUUCGUCUUCUCGGCGCUGUUAGAGUAUGCGGCCGUCAACUUUGUCUCCAGGCAGCAUAAGGAUCUCCUCCGCUUCCGGCGGCCGCACAAGAACAAGCAGAAGAUGGAUGAGGGCAAAGCAACAACCCCAGGAGGGAGCGCGGCCCUGGCUGCCCACACCCUGCCCGGGGCGGCGGGGGGGAAGGCGGCCCCCGGCCCCGGCGGCAAAACACACGAGCAGAUGAGGAAGCUGUUUAUCGACCGCGCCAAGAAGAUCGACACGGUGUCGCGGGCCGGCUUCCCCCUGGCCUUCCUCUUCUUCAACAUCUUCUACUGGGUGCUCUACAAGAUCCUGAGGCACGAGGACGUGCACAAGCGCUAG